UCGAAUCCUGUGAUAAUUUGCAGGAAGUUAGACAAAGUUGAAGAUCUUACCAGGAAAAUAAUUUUCAUCGAGGAACCGCUCUUUAAACGUCACAGGGUUUAUUUCAAGUAAAUCGACAUUCUAGUAUUUUAGAAAAUUAACCUAAUGAAUGGUACGGGUGCUUAAAAAUUUGAAAAUUAUGCUUGCAGGAGAAAUAAUGUUUCCGCGAGGAAGAAAGAUUCAGUUGAUACCGUGUUUCGGUAGCGUCGAGAUCGUAACGUGUUUAUGGAUCGCGUGUGCGGUUUUAACCCUGGUCGCUUCCCAGCCAAACUUCUACAUCGGACGAUAUGGUAAACGACAGGAACCACGUGCAGAUUCUUUGUUCGUGUCGGGGAGCAGGUACGGACGUAGUCAAAAUUUCCAAAAGAGCAGCGAAUAUUUACCAAAAUUGGUGGAAGUGGUGCCAAGAAUGGACCGGUUCUUUCUGGGUAGUCGAUACGGCAAACGUUCACCUUUGGAUUAUCGAACUGUAUCUUCUGUAAAUCGAUUCAGCGCUGUUCUAAAUUUCAUGGAUCAAGUUAAUCACGUUAAUCUCGAUCGAGACAACGACGCGAGUAAUGGAAACGAUCUUGUUCUUCUGUCCUAAGACUAUCGUUUCGUUGACACGUACGACGACUCGUUGACUAUUUCUCCUGCAAACGAAACGAAACGAAAAUAGCGACGAGAAGAUGAGAAGAAAAUAGCGAACGAGAGACGCGAGACAUUUGAGUGUGAACACGUUUCGAUUUUCUAACUAGGUUCUCUGUUUUAAUGAUUCAUUGUUCUUAAUCGAGUUAAAUAGUGUACAAAAUUUCGAGUGAAGUCGAUCAGACACGCUGAAGACGAAAAUAUAAGCUUCAAUUGACGCAUUUUCGUUCUUUACUUUACUAUACUCUUUUCUUUUCACUAUUUAGUUUUUUGAAAA